AUGCGUGAUUUAAAAGAACUCUACCAGCUAGAGAGCAGUCUGUGUCGCACUUUUGAGACAGUACGAAAAUUUAUUUCAAGUGCGAACAUUAGUGCAGUUAGAAGUGAAUUUAUUGGCGUACGCAUCGAACGCCUGGACGAUGCGUUCAAGCAGUUCCAGUUAGUGCGUGCGGAAAUCGAGCUGCAGACCGACCAGGUGGCCGGGGUAGACGAUCCUGACGAGGAGUUGUCGCUGAUUAACGCACGAGCUGAGGAAAACUAUACCAUUGCCACGGAAAAAGAAGAUGACUACUGCAACCUGAAGGGAGAGCUGCUGCACCUACAGUCUUUAGCCCGUCGAUCCGAAAAUUAUGAACAACUUACAACCACCAGUACCCAGGACCCGAUUGGAUCGUCAGCGAGUUUGGCUCGAGUGAAGCUGCCCGAGAUUCGCCUGCCGAGCUUUGAUGGGCAAAUCGAGCUCUGGAUCACUUUUCGGGACUCAUUCGAUAGCUUGAUCAACUCUUGUAACCAGCUUACGCAGAUGGACAAGUUUACUUAUCUACGAUCCGCGCUGACAGGGGAAGCGCUUCGUGAAGUGAGCUUAAUCGAGUUUACGGCAGCCAAUUAUCAAGUGGCAUGGGCUGCUUUGACGAAUCGGUAUGAGAAUCGCAAGCUGAUUGUCAAGACGUACGUUGAUGCGCUUUUCAAAGUCGAGACCAUGCGCAAGGAAAGCUACGACGGGUUGAGCAAGCUGAUAGGAGAUUUCGAGAAGAAUCUACAAAUGCUGGAGAAGAUUGGUGAAUCUUCCGAUGGUUGGAGCACUUUGCUGGUCCACAUGGUUUGUUCUCGGUUGGACCCGUCGACGUUACGGCACUGGGAGACGCACCACAACUCCCGCGAGGUGCCCAAGUUCCAGGUUCUGAUACGUUUCUUGAAAGACCACUGUUCGAUUCUGCAAACACUAGCGCAUCAACCCACGGCUGCGGAUUACCAGUUCAAACGGUCCAAGUUCGGUGUAAGUCAUCCCAGUAUCCAGUUCUCUAAAAUGUGUCCAUUUUGCGGUAACGAGUUCCACUCUGCCUUCCGGUGUAUAGAAUUCCUCAAGUGUACAGUCGAAGAACGCAGUGAUUCAGUGAAAAGGGCUCGACUGUGCCUGAACUGUUUGUCCCCCGGUCAUAUGGCUCGUGUCUGCAGCAAAGGCUCAUGCCAUCACUGUGGAUCGCGCCAUCAUUCGUUGCUGCAUCCAGACCGUCAAUCCUCCGUCUCGCAAACCCGUAGUAAUUCGCCGCCGUCAGUACUCCAAGCUCCGCAAUCCCAACCACAACCGUCUCCUCUAUCCCAACCGAUCCCUUCCACAAGCCAGCCCUUCAGACCACCUACCUCCACAUCGUUUCCAGUAACACAAAUGCCAGACUACUCUGCAGACUUCUCUGGAGUCACACCACACACAAUCGCACUGCCCACACAAACACACUCACCACCACGCCAAGUGCUGCUGUCGACGGCCAUCGUUCGCGUCCAGGACCAGGCUGGAAACUUUCGGCUAGCCAGAGCUCUGCUGGACUCCUGCUCACAAUUCUGCUUCAUGAGCACAAAAUUCUGCCAGCGUUUGAAGCUUCGAAGUUCCGCAGAAUAUCUCACUGUGCAAGGCAUCGGUGGUUCAACAGCAGUCUCGAAGAAGCAGGUUGUGGCAUCCGUUUCACCCCGUUGUUCGGGGAUAUCAUCCUUUGUUUCUCCGAUGACGUUUUACGUGCUUCCGGAGAUUACAACUACCCUGCCAGCCAGCCGUGUUUCGCUAAGAUCGCAGAGUUUACCGAAUGGUGUGAUACUAGCCGAUCCCAACUUUUUUGAGCCAGGACAAAUCGACCUCAUCAUUGGUGCUGAGUUCUUUUUCGACAUCCUUUCUGACGGUCGCUUCAAGGUGUCAGAUGAUGGUCCCAGCCUCCAGAAUUCAGUUUUUGGCUGGAUCGUUGCAGGCACUGUUCCUGAUCGGAAUAAUUCCCAUCCACUGACAGUCACAUCAUGUUCGGUUGCAGAAAUUCAAGACCAGCUUGCCAAAUUUUGGGAAUUGGAGACCUGUAGAUCGCCCAGCACACUUUCAGUAGAAGAGUCAGUUUGUGAAACUUUGUUUGAAGAAUCCACUAUUCGAGACAGCAUCGGAAGGUUCAUCGUUUCUCUCCCAAAACGGAACCAUGUCAUUCGUCAGCUCGGUGAAACACGCAGUAUAGCCCUGAGGCGAUUCUAUGGCCUGGAAAAGCGAUUCUUGUCAGACAAACAACUACAUUCAGCGUACAAGGAGUUCAUUGAAGAAUACGUGAAGCUCGAUCACAUGCGAGAGGUCCGGUGCAGUGAUGAGUUGAUGCCAGUGUACUACCUACCCCAUCAUGCAGUUUUCAAACCAGACAGUUCCACCACAAAGCUCCGUGUUGUGUUCGAUGCGUCUUGUAAAUCAUCCACUGGUGUUUCCCUCAACGAUGGUCUUAUGGUUGGCCCUGUUGUCCAGGAAGAUUUACUUUCGAUAGUUCUCCGUUUCCGUCUCCAUCGUGUUGCUGUAGUAGCAGAUGUCGAGAAAAUGUACCGUAUGAUUCGUGUCCAGCCAGAAGACCAACGAUUACAACGAAUCCUGUGGAGAAACUCACCAAAUGAACCAAUUCGCACGUAUCAACUAACCACCGUUACGUACGGAACCGCUUCCGCGCCCUACUUGGCAACCAAAUCUUUGCGAACCCUAGCAGAAGAAGGAGAAGAGUCGUACCCGAGAGCAGCGUCGUCUUUAAAGUACGACACGUAUGUCGACGAUUCGCUAACAGGUGCGAAUUCAGUCGAAGAUGCGAAGAAGUUAUCCCUCGAGAUGGUCGAGUUAGCAGCAACCGGUGGAUUCACGUUGAGGAAGUUCAACUCGAAUUCAGCUGAAGUUCUGUCGUCACUACCCGAGCAUCUUGUAGACGAUCGUGCUCUCUUCAAUUUGGAUUCUUCGAGUGCGUCAGUAAAAACCUUGGGGUUGAUGUGGAGGCCGAGUACCGACAGUUUUCUGUUCCAGUGUCCAGUGUGGGACUCCCAACCAACAUUAACGAAACGGAUUGUAUUGGCAGAUACGGCUCGUUUGUUUGAUCCCUUAGGUCUUGUCGGACCGGUUGUGAUUCUGGCAAAGAUAUUUCUCCAAGAUCUAUGGCAGCUGAAAUGCGGAUGGGAUGAUCCACUUCCGGAAAAUAUGCAAGCAGCUUGGCAGGAGUACCGAAGAAAUCUAGCCCCACUGUCUACGUUAGUUAUUCCCCGAUGGUUGUCGUUCCACUCCGACCUUUUGAGCGUAGAAAUUCACGGAUUCUGCGAUGCUUCAGUAAAGGCGUAUGGUGCAUGCCUGUAUCUCCGAAGUACAACAAGCGAUGGGGAAGUUUUUGUUCAGUUAAUCACGGCAAAAUCCAGAGUCGCCCCUCUAGACGAUGUGAAAAGGAAGAAGAAACAGCAAACCAUCCCACGACUUGAAUUAUCGUCAGCCCUUCUUCUAUCACACGUGUACGAGAAAGUCAAACAGAGCCUGCGAAUUCCUCAUUCUGCAUAUUUUUGGACGGAUUCAACAAUAGUACUGUGCUGGCUAUCAUCAUUACCAUCUCGUUGGCAAGUAUUUGUUUCGAAUCGCGUAUCCGAGAUCCAACAUAUCACCAAGGGCAGUUGUUGGCAACAUAUUUCUGGUGUGGAAAAUCCGGCAGACAUUAUCUCCCGAGGAAUGAUUCCUGCACAACUUCUUUACCAAUCUGUUUGGUUCCAUGGUCCGUUGUGGCUUCGUCAAGACUGUAGUACCUGGCCUCGUUCAAACGUAACAGGAGACGUAGAUCCAUCCCUAUUAGAAGAACGUAAGGUGUGUUCGCUUCCAGUGACAGAAGUAGCAUCAAACCCGUUUUUUGAACUCCGAGAAUCUUAUAUCAACACUGUCCAUAUUGUUUCUUGGAGUUUGCGGUUUUUGCACAACGUUCGCAUAAAAAAUCCUGAAGAUAGAGUCUUAGGUAGUUUGUCUGUAGAAGAGCAUAAAGCUGCCUUGCAUCAUCUCGUUCGUUUGGCUCAAGCAGAGUCAUUUCCCGCUGAAGUUGAAGCAUUACAGAAAGGUCAGCUGUUAAAAACCACUUCGUCAAUUCUGCCGUUAAAUCCUUGCUUCGUUGAUGGUAUAAUCCGUGUUGGCGGCCGGUUGCAAUCUGCUUCAAUAUCGCAAGAGAGAAAACACCCGAUGAUCCUCAGCAAUCAACACCCGUUCUCCAGGAUGAUAGUGAAUCACUAUCAUCAUCAGCAUUUCCACGCUGGUGCCCAGUUACUAGUUUCUUCACUGCGAGAAAGGUUUUGGAUAAUUAGAAUACGAAGUCUUGUCAAUACGGUCCUACAUGAAUGCGUACAUUGUUUCCGGAAUAGACCCCGAGUUUCGGAACAGCUCAUGGGAGAGCUGCCAGUAGAACGUGUAUCGCCAGCGGAAGUUUUCGACAAAGUUGGUGUUGACUACUGUGGACCUUUUCUUGUUCGAUACCCCCGCACACAACCUCGUAAGCACUUUGUGGCAAUUUUCGUAUGUCUGGCCACAAAAGCGGUACACAUCGAAUUAGUAGCCGAUCUUACCAGCGAAGCUUUCAUCGCAGCGUUUAAGCGGUUCUCCGGACGAAGAGGAAAACCAAGUCUCGUGAUGUGUGACAACGCUACCACCUUCGUUGGAGCCAAGCGCCAGUUGGACGAACUUUAUCAACUUUUCACUAGCCAACAGUUCCAGAGGUCCGUGAAUCACGAAGCUGUAGAUCAAGGGACAGAAUUUCGAUUUAUACCAGCUAGAACUCCCAAUUUCGGUGGACUUUGGGAAGCCGCAGUAAAGUCCUUCAAGACACACUUGAAGCGGACAAUUGGAUGCAGUACACUCCAGUUUGAUGAAAUGCACACAGUAGUAGUUCAGAUCGAGGCCAUCUUGAACUCGCGUCCGCUCACACCAAUCAGCAAUGACCCUAAUGACUUCGAGGCGUUGACACCAGGUCAUUUUCUCAUCAAACGUCCAUUAACGGCCGUUCCAGAACCGUCGAAGGAAACCAUCCCCGAAAAUCGUUUGUCUCGAUGGCAGCGUGCAGAAGAUUUCUACGAGCGAAUUUGGAAGCGGUGGUCAACCCAGUACCUAUCUGACCUUCAUAGUCGAACUAAGUGGACACGCCAAAGAGACAACAUUUCUGUAGGAACCAUGGUGCUGCUCAAAGACGAACAUCUUCCCCCGUUGAAAUGGAAACUUGGUCGAGUUUUGAGAGUACAUCCCGGUGCAGAUGGCAACAUACGCGUUGUCGACAUCAAGACCCAGGACAGCGAAUUCAGCAGGGGCAUACAAAAAGUUUGCGUUCUGCCCUUCCGAGGCAAUCCACCAGUUUCUGCACAGCCAGAGGACUAA